CUCGGCGCGAGCACCCGGAUGUAGGGCGUGGCGAGGCGGCAAGAUGGCGGAUGGUGCCAGCGGAGGGGGACGGGGCUCGGCGACUGUAGCGCCCACUUCCAGGCGCAAACGCAAACGGUCGAGAGUCCGACGCUGUUCCAGUUCAGCGCACGAGGUGGGGGAGAGCCCAGCCCUAUGUUGCGCCCAAGUGGAGAGCAGAGCAGCCAAGCAGGGGCCCACGCUGGAGGACCAGGCGCCGCCGCCCAGUGCCAAGAAGUCCAGAAGGAAGACGGUAGAUCCAGGCCUAGCAGAAGACUCCAUGCCAGUGCAAGCUCAGCACCAUUACGGUCGUCACAACCACCACCACCACCACAGCAUCGCCGUCAGCGCGGGGCCGAGCGACGGAGAGAGCGCUGGCACCGACACUCCCCGCUCCUGUCGCCGCAGUCGACCUCUGACCCCCUGGACUCGUCGUUCGGCUCGUCUGGCCUGCCGUCUGCCGUGCGCCCCUUCGUCACCCCGUCCAUGGUGGAGAAAGACGCUGGUGUAGGUGCGGCCGCCUUGAACCGCAGCCUCCAGCGUGUGCAGCAACAGCAGCAGCAUGCCAGCUCCGAGGCCUCGCGCCUCAACCUCAUCAAGCUGAGCCAGAUCCGCUCGGCCUUCAGCAACCAUCACCAUCACAACUCGCACAACCACCACAAGCAGGCCAUGGGGCACCGGAAGCGGAUGAAGGUGGAGGCUGUGGACAAGGACCUGGACGCCUGUCGCAGCAACGGCGUCGACCUGCUGGGGGAGGCGGGCGCCGCAGUCAAAGACAACAACAACUGCAGCGACACGGCGGAUGCCAACGUCAAGGGCGGUAUUCGACAGGUGAAGGAGGAACCUAUGGACACGUACUCCCCCGGCCACUCACCUGGCGAACCUACCAAGGUAAUUCAGACAGAGCCCGUCGACCUGUCCAUGAACCGAAGAAUAGCCGGAAGUGACGUGUUGCUUGCCCACGAGGGACUGGACCUGCGGGUCGGAAAGAAAGAGCCAGACGACAGUCCCGUCGCGACCCCAGAGACGGUCAGCAAGAUCGGCUCCGCUGCCCUCCUCUCACUGCGCCGCAUCAAAGAGGCGUCCGAGCAGUUCAGCCGAUACCACGAGUGUUCAAGCCCACCAAAGAGCCACCCCCACAACCAAGCCCCCACACCACCUCAGCAGCAGCCACAGCACGAUGUGUUCGCUGUGGCAUCUCUACCUUCUAAGUGUGGUGACCCCUAUGACAGUCAGAAGCAGCGACGAAGGGUACACAGGUGCGACUUUGAGGGCUGCAAUAAAGUUUACACCAAGAGCUCCCAUCUGAAGGCCCAUCGGCGCACUCAUACAGGAGAGAAGCCUUAUGUCUGCAACUGGGAUGGCUGCACAUGGCGAUUUGCGAGGUCAGAUGAGCUGACCCGUCAUUAUCGUAAACACACUGGAGACAAGCCUUUCAAGUGCCAGGUGUGUGACCGUGCCUUUAGCCGGUCAGACCACCUGUCUCUGCACAUGAAACGUCACUGAGGCAAGAAGUUGGCGUAGAGUCGUUACCUGCAUCUCAGGCGACAGUGAAGGCAGCAGUGUGCCUGUGGGCAGAACGUCCCACUAGAGUUUGACAGGAGUCCUGCGGACUUGGUGCAGCAAGGGACAACUCUUCUGCUGACACGAUUUGGGUGCAGCAGCUGCAUGCUGAGACUUUUGUGGCUGUCUUGCAAGGUGGCAACUCCUGUUUUGUGGACUAACGAAAGAUACCGACUGAAUUCUGCAAACCAACUUUUGAGUUUCAGAGUUGAGCAGCAAGCUUGUUAAUGAGGAGGGCUCAAAAGUGCUUUGGACAAUAUAAAAAUGUCUGCCAAGGCAGCAAACAAAAACGUUUCUCUACUGGUGGUGGCAGCGUCUGUGAUCCUCGCGUGUCAAUACAACUGUGACCUUGUGCCUGUUUUUUAUUUGUAUAAAAAAUUAAAAAAAACCCUACCCCUACCCGCAUAUUGGGACAUGCUCUAUGCCUCCUCCCACCCCUCCAUACAGGAAUGCUGACCUUUGUUUUUUUGACACUGCUGUGACGAGAUUAAUUACUGCCUUACUUCAACUGCUUGGACUGUUGGUGGGGAUGAUGGGAAGGCUAUUAUUUCUACCCCCUCCCCUUUUUUUUAUUAUUUUGUUAAAAGUGUGGUAGUCAAGGGGGGUGCCCUUGUAGCAUGUCCUGAUCAUGCAUUAGGAUAUGUUUUGUGAAAACAUAUUUAUUUGUGGUUCUGAACCUUUUCUGUGUACAUUCCUUUCUCUCAAGUUGCCUUGAAAAGCUUGUAAAUUGGCAUAUGUAUUGAGAGGGGUGGGAGAAUGGAAACAAGCUGUGAUGUACUGCUUCAAAGAGGACUGCUGUAGCUGCAAGCAAUAAAAAAUGAAAGUGUGGAAAGCA